AUGGCAAACCCCUUCAGCUGGACACCGAGCCGGAACCAGGACAUGUCCUUUGAGGACGGUCUAGCUCUUAUCGACGCCUUUUAUGAAGGCCCCGACCGCGAUGCUGUACCUGGAACUACGAUGCCGCCACCGACCUCACCACCAGUUGCCGAUUCCGCCCAAACGGUCGGGCGUGACCAAGUCACUGAUGACGCCAGGACUGCCAUCGCCAUCGCUCAGCUACCUGAUUCUCCCAUUGACCGCCAUAAUACCAACAAGCGUGCAAUCCUGCCAUCCUCUCCGCCUGAGCAAGAUCAUCCCCAAUGGCAGCCGCACUGGACUAUCGGAUUGCCUCCGUCUUUCACCAGCCCGCCUAAUGUCACCAUCGCACCGCCUCCUUCACCAGCAACCGGCCUCGUACCCACCAUCCAGUCAGCUUCCUUUCCCGUUGCAUCACAUAUCAAGUCCAGUGCAUCGCCGCAGCUUUCAAGAGUCACUCCGCCAAACACAUUCGCACGGGAAGACGACUCACCCACGGUAACUACAUCCAAGGCUGGCUCGUCCUCCCUCGCCACUUCCAAGAACACCUCGCCCGACCUCUCCACCCCGAAGAUCGAUUCGCCCAUCCUGACCGCGACACCCAUCUCGAUCAACGCCCCCGCGUUUCGAAAAACUCCCAUACCUCUCCCCACAUCAUUCACGGUGACUAAGCCUCAGACCCCAAUCCUUUCAGCUGCUGCCCGCACAUCAUCCGUCGCGAAAGAGAAUAAGCCGCCGAGUAGCAAGGCCCUGAAGAAAAAGGCAACGGAUAGUCCAAACAGCGCGUCGACUGCCUCGCGCUCGGUCAAGAAGCAGCGCUGCGUACGUUGUGUCAAGCAGCACGGUGCGUGCGACCUCGACACAAAACACCCGUGCACCCGCUGCGCGAAGGCAAACGUGGCACCGGAGGAGUGCGUGCCGAGGGAUUACACUGCCAAGCGGCGCCCCUCACAGCCUGUCGUAGGUACAAAAGCGGUGCAGGGAACGGAAUGA